AUGACUCAUGUCAGCACCGGAUUGCUGAAGGGCUUGAGGAGGGUCAUGGUACAGCAAAGGGUUUCAACUGUUUUCUGCAGACAAUCACGAGUUUGGAGUUCUACCGUAUCUUUUUCUGAUGUUGAUGAGAAGGGUGAUAUGGAAUAUGAUGAUAAUUAUUCAGAUUCAAAGAGAGAGUUACGACCCCAAAGCGUAGAUCCCCAAAAGGGCUGGGAUUUCCGUGGCGUGCACAGGGCCAUCAUCUGUGGCAAAGUUGGACAAGUGCCUGUGCAAAAAAUUUUAAGGAAUGGGCAUACAGUAACUGUUUUUACCGUUGGAACUGGUGGCAUGUUUGACCAGAGGGUAAUUGGGCCUAAUGAUUUGCCGAAGCCAGCUCAGUGGCAUCGCAUAGCUGUUCAUAAUGACCAGCUAGGUGCUUAUGCUGUUCAGAAGCUGGUGAAGAAUUCUGCAGUCUAUGUUGAGGGCGAUAUUGAAACCAGGGUCUACAAUGACAGUGUUAAUGAUCAAGUCAAAAACAUACCUGAGAUCUGUGUUCGACGUGAUGGCAAGAUUCGAUUGGUUAAAUCUGGGGACAGUGCUGCUAACAUAUCAUUAGAUGAGCUAAGAGGAGGACUGUUCUAG